GUACAAUGCCCUCAAAGAGCUCCCAGCCCACAAUAAUAUUGACACAUAUGUGAUCCAGCAUCAUAUUUUCUUCUCCCUUUCUCUUCUCAAUUCUAGCCCACACUAACCCUCGGUGGUUGCUCAGCAGACUGAGCAUCACUCAAGAUGAGCGAACACGAUAGUACCUCUUGGGGUUCGGUCGUGGCACAGAUAGCUACGAAACUGCUAGAUGGCACCCCUUUGACUAUUGUUAUCGCCGUGUUCAUUACGUUCGGAGUCCCUAUUCUUCUUCAUUUCUGUCUCUAUCGCACAGUCGCUUCCCCUCCGUCGAGCAAUUUCCUCCUCCUUGGUCCUAGCGGGGCAGGCAAAACCACUCUUCUGACUCUGCUUGAGUCGAAAUCAUCCCCCGCCGCAAAGACACAGUCACAACCUACACAUACAUCUCAAACAUCAACGCUUUCUACCAUCCGCCUUCCCGCAUCCGUCCCAACCGCCUCAAACAAAUACCGAUCCGUAAACGACCCAUCCUUGAAGGAUGUUUCUCGGAACCCAAUUAAAUACCGUAUUAGAGACACACCCGGACAUGGGAAAUUGCGCGGACCUCAGGGACUUUCCGAGCUCCUAUUUAUGUCCUCAGCCAACGACACCAAGUCCAAACUCCGCGGUGUGCUGUUCAUGGUCGACACGGCAACGAUUUCCGAGAUCGAUUCCUUGAGAGACACGGCGUCUUACCUCUACGAUAUCCUUUUGAUUCUCCAGAAGCGUGCCUUGAACAGGGGCGGAUCCUCCUUGAAAGCAGCGGCGGAGAUCCCCGUGCUCGUGGCGGCUAACAAGCAGGACCUCUUUACCGCCUUACCACCGGGAUCGGUGCGCGAGAAGCUCGAGGCGGAGAUUGAUAGGAUCCGCAAGUCGAAGAGCAAGGGACUGAUGGAUGCUAGCGCUGAUUCUGGGACGGGCGAAGGAGAGGAUGAUAUCUUGGGUAGUAGCGAUGCACAGGAUGUGUUCAGCUUUGAUCGUCUGGAGGAUGAAAUUGGCUUGAAAGUUGACGUUGUUGGUGGGGCCAUCAAAGGCGACGAAGAGGGUAAUAUCGGGGCUGGUGUACGCAAGUGGGAGGAAUGGAUCGGUCAAUGUUUGUAAAAUGCCUCGUAAAUUGGAGAACAAUUUGAUGUGAUUUUUGAUGUUUGUGGAGACCGGAUCAGUUACAUAUAUCGACUACUCAAUCUAUCACACGGAUACAAGCCUACCUAUUAUAGGUAUCUAUAAGGAGGAGGAGCACUUUUUGGGUUAUCACCUCAACUUGCCGCUUCGACUCUGGGAUUGCCAUAUUUAUAAUACUGUGUGUGCUACAUAAUUAACGGA